AUGGGAGAGCUCCACUUUAGCCUCCUGCUGGUGGCCUGCGGGGCAGCUGUGACCGCAGUACCCCUGGUCCUGCCCUCGUCGCCUUCUCCCCUGGCAUACAUGCUAAGGCUCUACCACGGCCAUGACCAGCCCCGCGCCCACAUCGUCCGUAGCCUGCAGGCCCUGGAUGUGUUGAUGGUGGGACAGCACUGGACGUUUGCCUUUGAUUUUUCCUUCCUGAACCAAGAGGAGGAUCUGGAAGGUGCCGAGCUGCGGAUCCAACUCUCCCCCUUGGGGGAGCCUCCGGCAGAGGCACCGAUCUUGGUAGAGAUCUUUCACCAGCCCAAGUGGGAGGAGAGCGACUCCCCGGCCUGCCUGGAGCGCCGUCGGCUGGCUCUGUUUGUCGUCACUGACUCCCAAGUCGCCUUCUCCUCGGACGGCAUGGUGCUGCAGGUGACGGAGCUCCUCAACAAGUCACUCAGGCCCCUGAGCAGCCAGGAGGAGAUGCUGGCCUCGACCCUGGCAGGGGCAGAUGGAGCAGGCAAGGAGUGCAAGCGCCGGCCCCCCCAGUCUCCCGUCUCUGAGGUGCUGCUCAUGCUCUACUCCAACAUCACCAAGGAACAGAGGCGCCUGGGGGGCUCCACGUUGCUGUGGGAGGCAGAGAGCUCAUGGAGGGCCAGGGAGGGCAGGAUCUCACAGGAGAAGGUCAAGAGGUACCCUCGACACAGGCACGGGGUGGAAAACCAGCCGUGUAGGAGGGUCAGGUUUCAAGUGGACUUCAACCAGCUAGGCUGGGGCUCCUGGAUCAUCUACCCCAAGCAGUACGAAGCCUUUCGCUGUGAAGGAGAAUGUCCCAACCCCAUGGACGAGAAGUUUCACCCGACCAACCACGCCUACAUACAGAGUUUACUGAAGUUCUACCAGCCCACGCAAGUGCCCUCCACGUGCUGCGCUCCUGUGAAGACCAAGGCCCUCAGCAUGCUGUACUUGGAGAAAGGCAAUGUCCUGCUGGAACAUCACAAGGACAUGAUCGUGGAGGAGUGUGGGUGCCGCUGA